AUGGAUGGUCCUCUUCAAGAUAUCUCUAAUCAAAUCCAAGAUGUCUCGGAGGAUAAAGCGAAGAGUACUACCGUGUCAUCAUGGACUGUCUCAGGUGAAGGCUCAUCAAAUAAUCCAUCUCAAAUCAAUGUAGAUCUAAAUACAGGAUCCAACAACAGUCCUUCAUCUGUCAAGCUUGCUUCAAAGGAAUUUCGUACCAAAUUAAAUUUACUUGAUGUUGAAAAACAAACUUAUGUUGAUCUUGGGGAAAUGGAUAUGAUUUGUAAGUGUUGUGGAGCAACAUUAUGGCAUGAAGAACUAGCUGAAAAGACUAAAUCUUCAAUUGAUCCAGUUGCCUCUAUUUGUUGUUCGAAAGAGAAAAUUUCCAUUCCUUACUUGAAGGAUCCCCCUCAAUUACUACUAGAUUUACUUACAAAAAAUGAUCCAAGGAGUCAAAAUUUCCUGGACAAUAUUCGGUCAUAUAAUAGUAUGUUUGCAUUCACAUCUAUUGGUGGUAAAAUUAUUUCCAAUGUUAAUGAUGGUCACGGUCCUCCUCAGUUCAUUAUUGGUGGCCAGAAUUACCAUCGGAUAGGUAGUUUGCUCCCUGAUGAAGGUUCAUCUCCCAAAUUUGCUCAGUUGUAUAUAUAUGACACAAAGAAUGAAGUUGAAAAUAGAUUGAAACAUUUCAGUAACAAUGGAGAUAGUAGUCUUGAUCCUGCACUGGUUGCUGAUUUGAUCAAAAUGGUUGAUGAAUUUAAUCGUUUAGCUCAAACGUUUAGAAAAGUCCGUGAUUAUGUCGAACAAGGUGAUGCUGAGAAUGUUUCUUUGAGAUUAUUCAGGAGUUGUUUAGUUGAUCCCAACACAUACAAUCUUCCAAGUGUUAACGAGGUUGCAGCCUUAAUAGUUGGUGAUUUUGAUAGUUCUGAUUGUGGGCGUGAUAUUAUUCUUCGUACCAAGAAUGGUCAUUUUCAAAGGAUUUAUGAGAAUCAUUCUUCCUUCCUUCCCUUGCAAUACCCGAUUCUUUUCCCAUACGGUGAGAAAGGUUUUUCUGAUGAUAUUGAUUUUGCAAAUGCUUAUAAUGUGAACACAGACCCUAGGCGUGAUCACAUUUCAUUGCGUGAAUGGGUUGUAUUUCGGCUCUUUGAAAGGCGGUUUGAGUGCAAGAGAAUAUUCUUAUCUAAACGGUUGUUCCAACAAUUUGUGGUUGACUGCUAUUCAAUGGUUGAGUCUCAGAGAUUGUAUUACUACCGCAACAACCAAACAAGUAUUAGAAGACAUUUUCUUGAAGGAAUUGAAGAAGCAAUGACACGUGGUGAUACAUGCUCAUCAACUGUUGGAUCAAAAGUCUACCUUCCUGCAUCUUUUAAGGGAGGAAAGCGUGAUAUGUUCAACAAUUGCCAAGAUGCCAUGGCUAUCUCCAACACGUAUGGGUAUCCUGACCUUUUUUUGACAAUUACUUGCAAUCCUAAAUGGCCAGAAAUUGAUAGACAUGUUUAUGCAAAUGGAUUAAGUGCAUCAGAUCGACCCGACUUAGCCUGCCGUGUCUUCCAUAUGAAGUUAAAUGCAUUAAUCAUUGAUUUAAAGAAUGGUGAUUUCUUUGGAAAGGCUAUUGCAGGCACAUAUAAUAUUGAGUUUCAAAAAAGAGGAUUGCCUCAUGCUCAUAUUCUACUGUGGCUUAGCACGGAAAACAAGUUACGCUCUCCUAAUAUGAUUGAUUUUGUUAUUUGUGCUGAGUUGCCUGAUCCUGAGGGUUUUCCAAAAUUGUUUGAGUGUGUAUCCAACUAUAUGGUUCAUGGUCCAUGUGGGUUGAGUAAAAGAGAUUCUCCUUGCAUGAAGAAUGGUCAUUGCUCGAAAUUCUUCCCCAAAAAAUUUGUAGCUGCAACAACAUUCGAUAGUGAUGGUUAUCCGAUAUAUAAAAGAAGAAACACUGGUGUAGUCACUAUCAGGAAAGGAGUUCCUUUGGACAACAGAUAUGUUGUUCCUUACAAUCCAAAGUUGUUGAUGAAAUAUCGUGCACAUAUUAACAUUGAGUAUUGCAAUAAAGCCAACUCCAUAAAAUAUUUAUUUAAAUACAUUAAUAAGGGAGUUGAUCGGGUCACAAUGUCAAUGUCUGUGCCCCCAGCAAACAAGGAUCGAGAAGAAGAAGUGGAUGAAAUUAAACAAUACUAUGAUUGUAGAUAUCUCUCACCAUGUGAAGCUCUAUGGAGAUUAUUUGGAUUCGAAAUCCAUUGCAAGUGGCCACCUGUAAAGAAACUCAUUUAUCACUUGCCCAAGAAACAAGUCGUCUUAUUCAAAGAAGAACAACCCCUUCGGAACGUGUAUCGAAAGAACAAAUUGAAGGAUAGCAUGUUCACCGCGUGGAUGGUCGCAAAUGCGAAAUAUGCUCAAGGAAGGCACUUGACAUAUGUCGAAUUUCCAGCUGCAUUUGUAUUUGAUGAAAAUAUAAAGAAUGGAAACCAAGGCAACAAGGCUUUACUAUUGGUCGGAUUAACUUUGUCGCUCCGGGAUGCGGUGAGUUAUACUACUUGCGACUUUUAUUGA